CUCCAAACGAUAACGAACGUUCAUUAUAAAUAUCAAAAUUUCCAAUAAUCCCACCAGUGUGUCCGUGACCUUCUAACGUACACAGCAACAAUAUGGCGAACGCAGAGCCUGGAUACGCCACACCCCUGGACGCGAUGAAACACGGCCCAAGGGAGAAGAUCCUCUACGUGGUUUGCAUCAAUCCGAACGAAGGCGACGAUAAAUCCGAUCUUCUGGCUACCGUCGACGUCGAUCCAGAGUCGCCCACCUAUUGCCAGAUCAUACAUCGUUUGAGAACAGGGAACAAGAACGAUGAGCUCCACCAUUCGGGUUGGAACGUCUGCUCGAGCUGUCAUUCGUCCACAGGUUGCAAGAACGCACCGGCUCGGGAUAAACUUAUUCUUCCGGCUUUGGGAUCGAAUAGGAUCUACGUGGUGGAGGUGGGGAAGAAUCCCAGAGCGCCGGAAUUCCACAAGGUCAUAGAAGGUUCGCAGAUGGUGAAUUUCGAUUGCAGUACGCCCCAUACGACCCAUUGCUUGUCCACCGGGGACAUAAUGAUAUCCGUUUUGGGCGAUAAGGAUGAAAACGGCAAGUGCGAUUUCGUGUUGGUCGAUGGGAAAACGUUCAAAAUCAAAGGUACCUGGAUCAAGGGCAAGGACGCGCCAAAGUUCAACUACGAUUUCUGGUACCAGCCCUACCAUGAUGUAAUGAUUUCGACCGAAUGGGCCGUGCCCAAGGUGUUCAAAAAGGGGUUCCAUCCCUCACAAGUGGCCGAUAGACAAACCUACGGGCGCAGCUUGAAUGUCUUCUCCUGGAAGAAGCAGGAACUGCUCCAAACCAUCGAUCUGGGAGAUGGGGGAAUAGCCCCGUUGGAGAUUCGAUUCCUGCACGACCCCAAGGAGCCCCAAGGGUACGUGGGGUGUUCGGUUAACGCCAAUGUAUACAGGUUCUAUCGCAAACCUGAUGGUACCUGGACCGUUGAUAAAGUCAUCGAUGUAUUGCCCAAGAAGGUUUCAGGCUGGCCAGAGGAUUACAUACAAGGAAUGAUCUCCGACAUUUUGAUCUCCUUGGACGACAAGUACCUCUACUUCAACAACUGGUUGCACGGGGACGUCAGACAAUACGAUAUAACGGACAGAGCUCAUCCGAAACUCGUCGGUCAAGUGUGGCUGGGCGGUCAGAUACUCUCGGACUCCAAGAUCAAAGUGCUGGAGGAUCGGGAACUAUCGGCGCAGCCGGAUCCGGUGUACAUCAAGGGGAAGCGGUUCUGGGGAGGGCCGCAGAUGAUGCAGCUGUCGUUGGACGGUAGGAGAUUGUACGUGAGCUCCAGCAUCCUGUCCAGCUGGGACGAGCAGUUCUAUCCGGACAUGGUGGAGAACGGGUCGAAAAUGGUGAAGAUCGAUGUGGAUGCGGUGAACGGGGGGAUGAAAUUAGACGAGGAUUUCGUGGUGGAUUUCGGGGAAGGUCCCGACGGGCCUUUGUUGGCGCACGAGAUGAGGUAUCCAGGCGGCGAUUGCACUUCUGAUAUCUGGAUGGCUACUGAUUCAUAAUAAUCUAUUAUACAUGUUGUUAUUUGUUAUAGUUAGAUACAAAUAAAAUUUUUCUUUAUUACUUGUAAUAUACAAUCUACAUUAUAUUUGUGUAUAGUGUUGCCUACCUCACAGUAACUAACGAGUUAGGUAUCGAGAGAAGAAUCGAUUAUAACAAUAACUGUAAUAUUUACGAUAUAUGUCAGUACAAAUCAACUUAGUACACUAUAUAAUUAAUGUU